UCGGAUGCAACAACAAUCCCGGUGUGUGAACUCUGUUACCCAGAAGACCAAGCAGGUCUGUCGCCCGAGGUGGAAUUCCUCGCCUUCCAGCACCCAAGUUUGUGGCUUCCUUUGGUCCCCAGCCAUGCCUCAUAUCGACAGCGAUUUGAAACUGGAUUUCAAGGAUGUUCUAUUGAGGCCCAAACGCAGCACCCUCAAGUCUCGAAGUGAGGUGGAUCUCACAAGAUCCUUUUCAUUUCGGAACUCAAAGCAGAUGUACACUGGCAUCCCCAUCAUUGCUGCCAAUAUGGAUACUGUGGGCACCUUUGAGAUGGCUAAGGUUCUCUGCAAGUUCUCCCUCUUCACUGCUAUCCAUAAGCACUACAGCCUUGAUCAAUGGCAAGAGUUUGCUAGCCAGAAUCCUGACUGUCUUGAGUAUAUGGCUGCCAGCUCAGGCACAAGCUCUUCUGACUUUAAGCAGCUGGAACAGAUCCUGGAAACUAUUCCUGAGGUGAAAUAUAUAUGCCUGGAUGUGGCAAAUGGUUACUCUGAACACUUUGUUGAAUUUGUAAAGGAUGUCCGGAAGCGCUUUCCCCAACACACUAUCAUGGCUGGGAAUGUGGUAACAGGAGAAAUGGUAGAAGAGCUGAUUCUUUCUGGAGCUGACAUCAUCAAGGUGGGAAUUGGGCCAGGCUCUGUGUGUACAACCCGGAAGAAAACUGGAGUGGGGUACCCACAGCUCAGUGCAGUGAUGGAAUGUGCCGAUGCUGCUCAUGGUCUCAAGGGCCACAUCAUUUCAGAUGGAGGCUGUAGCUGUCCUGGGGAUGUGGCCAAAGCUUUUGGGGCAGGGGCUGACUUUGUAAUGCUAGGUGGCAUGCUGGCUGGGCACAGUGAGUCGGGUGGUGACCUGAUUGAAAGGGAUGGCAAGAAGUACAAGCUUUUCUACGGAAUGAGUUCUGAAAUGGCCAUGAAGAAGUACGCUGGUGGUGUGGCGGAAUACAGGGCUUCGGAGGGAAAGAUAGUGGAAGUCCCUUUUAAAGGGGAUGUAGAACAUACCAUUCGUGAUAUCCUAGGGGGAAUCCGAUCUACAUGUACUUAUGUGGGAGCAGCUAAGUUGAAAGAGUUGAGUCGGAGAACUACCUUCAUCCGAGUUACCCAGCAAGUGAAUCCAAUCUUUGGUGAUGCAUGUUAGACCUGAGCAGUUCUGGCACUGGCACUCCGCUGAAGGGCCACCCAAGUGGCUCCUCACCUAUCCCAGCUAGUGUCCCUGUGUACAACUUUGUGACUUCCUGUCACCUUACUCCUGAAGGCUCCUGCAGUAACUUUUUUUUUUGGUACCGGGCCCUUGUGCUUUCGAGGCAUGCAGAGGAACCACUGAACUAAAUCCCCAGCCCUCCUGCAGUAACUCUUUAUUUCUUUAUCUGCGCACACAAAUUGCCCAGGGCACUCACUGGGGCAGAAGCUAGGAAGAAGACAAAAUGAGGAAAUGAAGAUCUUUAAAUGUGAAUCUGGGGACCCAGAAUCCUGAAGAUUGAGUAAAGAUAUUGAUUGAUGUGUUUUCUAUGGUCUUGAUCUGGAAGAAGGAAGCAUUUACAAUCAUGUUUUGUUAAUCAGCUCAUUAAAUGACAUCCUCAGGUAUCUCAAGCUCAGAAGUGUUGACAUAAUAAAGAGAGAGCUCAUGAACUGUAAA